AUGACCAGAAUCAUGGCAUCUAGAGAAGUACCAAUUCUGUUGCCCGAGCUGGUACAGAGAAUUGCUCUGUUUUUGCCACUUCCAGAUGUCAGCAGAUGCAUUCAAGUUUGCAAGCUAUGGAAGGUGAGCAGCUGUCAAUUAUUAUUGAGAGAUCCCAAGCCAAAAUUAUUGUAGACACAUAAAUUAUUAAAAUAUAUUUUAAUGAGUUGAAUUAAUUCUUUAUGAGCAAUUUUAUCUCAUAUUUGUAACAUUUCAGUCUAAUUUUUUAGGGGGUUUGACCAGCUGUCCUUGCAACAUAACAUUUGAAACUUUGAGAGAGACAGAAAGAAAUACACAAAAAUACUAUAAGAUUACAUCAACCCAUCUCGAGAACUUGUUUUCGCAAGUAACACUGCUGUCUAGGUAAUAUUAGCCUCCAUUUCUGUCGUAAGGUAAUAUAAUUAUAUUCUCACCCACCAUUGCCCAGUUAGCUCAGCUGGUAGAGUGCUGGUCUGCUAAGCAGAAGGGUGUGGGUUCAAACUUGGCUGGUCAGACCAACAACCACACAUGGUGUUAAAAAAUAACUGGUAAGAUCGCUCUGACUGUAAUUUGAGAUCUUGUCUCUCUAUCAGUACGUCCCCUGUCAGGUGGUAGGGAAUGUAAGAGUACCCACUCUGCCCAUUGUUCAUUUAGAGUAGGGGAUGUCAAGCCCCAGUUGUGUGGUCUAUGUAUCUCUUAUGGGGAAAGGGGACUGUUACCCACCCACAGUAAUAAUUGGUUUCAUGCUGUUAUAGUGACCCUUCCAAACUGGCAAAUCUAAACAAAACUGUUGAUGAACAGUAGCUACACGUAGAUAUAUAUUUUUUAGCAACUAAUAUAAUUUGCAGUCUGUCUACUUUGAAUUGUAAAAUUUGUACUGACAGAUACUGAUCCACAUCAUCAUCUAUACUGAUCCAUUAAUCCAUGUUGCCUUAAUAUUUCUCUUUAUUUCAGGAACUUCUUUCAUCAGAGCAGUUUUAUAAAAGAUAUGUAUUAAGCCAUUUUAACCUGGAACUUGAAGAGCAGCCAUCAGGUCUUCUAAACAUGUGGACCGAUCCUGAUAAUUGGUUUUGUUACUGGGCGUGUAUGGGUGAUCCUAAUUAUUGGGUCUUUGCUGAUCCACCCAAGCGCUGGAAGUGUGGAGUGGUUCAUUUAGCAGAAUAUGAACUUGAGACACAUCGUGAGCUGAGGUAUAAAGAUUUCUGUCGUGCUCUUUACAUUCUGUCUAGGAUACAGAAGGCGGCAGAACCAGAGGAACUACGAUUAGACUGUAGUAAGUGCUUCUAUCCAAAAUUAAAUGUACUACUCUCAAACUAUCAAAGUGAUGUUGCAUGCUUUUUAAACUUAAACAAACUAAUCAUUUCCUUUGCACUAUGGGAAGUACAGUGUUCUAGUGAAAGUCAUUGCCUUAAGGCUUAUUAAUACGAGCAAAAAAUAAUUAAAAGAAUGUUUGUGAUGCUGACAUGAGCACUCUCUCCCCACAAUAAUAUACUACAGCCAAAUCUCCAGUAACAGACAUCUCCCAUUAAUGUUGAUUUCUGACUGUUGCAUAUUUCCCUUGUCACUUGCCUUUCAGCAAUAAUACAUUCUCAGUUCUUACCCAAGUGAGUUCACUGUAUUUGCUUCCCCCUUAUCUAGGGAUGGCAAAUAUGAACUAGUGAAAUAUUAAUUACCUCAAGCACCUAGCUCCCAUUCCAUAGAAGUACUGGUAGCAAAUACAAGGCUUUCAUUAAGAGCCGGGGACCAGGGAUUUUCCCUGGCUAGUGUGAACGUUAUCCCCGCAUACUUUAGUAGGAAAAUGGAAGAAAUAUAGAACCAAACAGUAUCCCAGCUGUUUGAUUCCCCGCCUACUUAUAUUGUUUACCCAGCAACUUGAAAUUUUAAUGACAGCCUUACAAAUAAAUACCUGAUCACUUCACAUUGUGGAAACUGAACAUAUUAUUGCCUUCUUGAUUUACUAGUCAGUUGGUUUAUCGUACCGUUAAUCGUGGUGUUUUUUCUGCUCACAGUGAUGUGGGGUAAUGAGGGUGUUGGCCUCAUUGAAACCUGUUUGUUUCCUUGGAGCAAAGACUCUCUGCCCUCUGCACAAGAUAUGAUGUCAAUGUUCCACUUCAAUCCUGAGAUGCAC